AUGGAUGAGGAAUCAGAAGCUCUUUUUGAUAAAGUUGAUAUAUUUGAUGAAAUUUGUGAAAAUCAACCUUUUAAAUGUUAUGAUGCUACAAGUGAACAAGAUAUUAAUGGCUUGUUUGAGUUUAUGUCAAAGAUUGAGUCUUCAUUGACUUGUAAUGAUGAUAUUACACAAGUUCAAUUAAUGCGACAUAAAGAAUUGAUUAAUUUUAUAAAAACUCAUUAUUAUGAAUCUACUAUAUAUAUUACAGACAAUCCAGAUCAUUAUUCUUCAUUUCAUACUGUUUAUGGAACGGAAACUAGUAAAGAAUUUUGUCCAACAUUGCAAAUUAACCAAACUAAUACUGAACCUGUGCCAAAAGGAGUAUUAAUUCGUGAUUAUGUUACAUGUUGUGAUUGUGAAAAGUGGCGCUGUAUUUUUAGUGAUAAAGCAUUAAGUCAAAAGGAGAUGCAGGAUUUCAAACAAGCUUUGGAUGCAUACGACUAUUCAUGUGAUGCACCUCUAUUUUCUGAUGAUUAUUAUUUGAUAGAAGUAUUGUUUAUUUAUAUAAAAAUAUUUUGUGACACCCCUAUAGAAAUUCUUUACUAUUCUAGCCAAAAAUCUGGAAAUUUUGAUAUAUGCUAUUAUUGUGGUGCAGAUAAUAAUUUAAUUGAUCCACCAAGUACACUAAUAGCUAAAUAUAAGAUAGUAUACACACGUCAAAUAACCGAUUUUAUGGCGCGAAUUGCUAAAAAUAGAAAUUCCUCUUUUUAA